AUGAACUGUCCGAGACUAGCGAGUAAAUAUCACACACCAAAAAUUAUAUGGUAUCAAACAGACGUUACAGUUAUUUUACGUGUUUUAUUGCAAGAUGUAAAAGAAUAUUUUCUUCGAGUUGAAUGUGAUCAUUUACUUUUUAGCACUACAAUCAAUUCAAGAAGUUAUUAUAUUUGUUUGUAUCUUUUUGGGACAGUUGAAGCAGGAAAAACAAUCCAUGUAAAUCUAGGAAGAGAAAUUAGAAUUACACUUGUAAAGGCACAUAAAUGGACAGAAUGGUUGAGAUUGCCUCUUGAGAGGGAAAAGAAUUCAUUGAUCAGUGUGGAUCCAGAUCAUAUAUAUAGUCGUAGUUGGACCAUGGGUUUUUCAAAAAAUAUAGAAAAGGAAAGUUUUACAGAAUAUAAACGCAGACAUAACAUAACACAAAUAAUGCCAGAUGUACCAUCUACUGAUGAGGAAGAAUCUGAUGAUGAAGCAAUGAAUGUGUUGUUCUGUUAA